ACUCCACCGUCCAUAGGGAUGACGUCAGUGGAAGGUGUAAUCAGCUGAUCAUUGUGAGCGAUGAGAUGAACCACCAUAACACGGUUUAAUCUGUCAGAACACGGCUAACAUCCACCGACAACUGAGGAUCCUCUGGUGGGACAUUGUUGACAUGCUUUAUUUGGACCUCCAUCAUGGACAAGAUUUUGGAGGGCCUCGUGAGCUCCGAUCACUCUGUUCCAGUGAAGAGGGCCAUUGUGAAGAAGGUAGUGGAAGCAGCAGAGAAAGGGGUGACGGAGGAGCAGUGUCAAGCGUUGUUCACUCUCACCACCCGCCUCAUCCUGCUUGGUGAAGAUGCCUUUCAGAGGCAGAUCGGCUUCCAGGUUUUGGAGGCCUACGCACGCUACCACCGCCCAGAGUUUGAGCGUUUCUUCAGCAAAGACUUUGUCCUCGGCCUUCUCCAGCAGGGCUAUGGCACGCUGGACCGCAAAGACCCACCUGUAAUAGACUACAUUCACUGCUGCCUGCGGCUGCUCAUCAGCUGCCCCUCGGUGCUCGAGAUCUUCAGCGUGAUUCAGGUGGAGGUUUUGAGGAUGGUGUGUGAGCGUCCUGAGCCGGCCCUUUGCGCCCACCUGAGCACUUUGCUGUCAGACUUUGUGCAGUGCAUCCCGAGGGAAAAGUCAGGCGUUUUGUUCUGCCAGCAGCUGGUGAGGACCAUCAGUUACUUCCACUGCUUUGCCAGCCAAGAACAGGAGCUGAGAGAGUAUGUAGGUCAGGUGACUAAGGUCAGCACACUGCUGCAAAACAUCUGGAAGGCUGAUCCAGCCACACUGCUUCCCUCACUGCAGGAAGUGUUUGCUAUUAUCUCUUCCACAGACCCCUCCUUUGACCCCUCCAUUGCUCUGGCCAGCCUGGUGCAGCACAUCCCCAUCCAGAUGAUCACGGUGCUCAUCAAGAGUCUCACCACAGACAACAAUGUCAAAGAUGCAAGCAUGACUAAAGCACUCUGCAGGAUGAUUGACUGGCUUUCUUGGCCUCUGGCCCAACAUGUUGAUACCUGGGUCAUCGCUCUGCUGAAAGGACUGGCUGCAGUUCAGAAGUUCACCAUCCUCAUAGACGUCACUCUGCUUAAAAUUGAACUGGUAUUCAGUCGUCUGUGGUACCCUAUUGUGCGGCAGGGGGCGCUGGCGGUGCUCUCCCACAUGCUGCUGAGUUUCCAGCACUCCCCUGAAGCUUUCCACUUGGUUGUCCCACAUGUGGUGCAUCUAGUCCAGUCCUUGAGAACAGAUGGUCUCUCCACCAGCAAAGCUUUCUUGCUGCAGUUCACUGAGCUCAUACACUGCAUGAUGUACCAGUACUCCGGCUUCCCUGACCUCUAUGACCACAUACUGGAGGCCAUCAAGGAUCUCCCAAAACCUGGAGAGGAGAAGAUCAAGCUGGUGUUGAAUCAAAGUGCCUGGACGUCCCAGUCCAACUCAUUUGCCACGGGUCCUCUGAGGCAAGUUGGAAAGUCUGAGACCGGCAAGACCGGCCUGGUCAACCUGGGGAACACCUGCUUCAUGAACAGCAUCAUCCAGACCCUCUUCAUGGCCACAGAUUUCAGGCGGCAUGUUUUAUCAUUACAUCUUAAUGGUUCCAACAUACUAAUGAAAAAGCUCCAGCUGCUCUUUGCUUUCCUUGCACACACUCAGAGGGCAGCAUUCGCUCCCAAAAACUUCUUGGAAGCAUCUCGGCCUCCCUGGUUCAACGUCGGCUCCCAGCAGGACUGUUCUGAGUACCUCCGGUUUCUUCUGGACAGGUUACAUGAAGAGGAGAAAACACUUCAAGUCCUGGAAUCAGUUAAGCCAAAAGUUUCCCCUCCUGUUGACACGAGCAGCAAAGACCCAACAGGUCAGACUUCUCCAGAGGACGGCGAAGAGUCGUCUUUGACUCCAGCAGAAAUCAAACCUGAGAAUGACGGGAGGACUAUGAUAGAACGGAUGUUUGGUGGGAAGCUGAUCACGGGUAUUCGCUGUAUGCAGUGCAACUGCAUCUCUGAGAAAGAGGAGCCUUUUUCGGACCUCUCUUUGGCCUUCUGUCCUUCUGCCACCUCUCAAGGCAGCCCUCAACUUCAGGGGCCCUCAGAGGAACCCAAGGUUGGCUGUCAAGGAUCCGUCAACGGCGGCAGUGAAAUUCCCGAGCCGGGCUCGACCAAAGCCCCAGCUAGCAGCGUCCAUUUUGUGCCAGUGACAAACGAGCCUCCCCUCUCUGUGCCUGACCUGGUGAACUAUUUCCUGGCUCCGGAGAUCCUGGACGAAGAGAAUGCCUAUUUCUGUGAGAAGUGUAGCUCCCUCCAGCGGGCGGAGAGGACCAUGAAAGUGGUGUCAGCACCCGAAUACUUGAUCCUCACCCUGCUGCGAUUCUCAUAUGAUGCCAAAUGCCACGUCCGGAGGAAGAUUCUGGACAACGUCACCAUCCCGCCUCUCAUGAGACUUCCUGUACACGCCCCUUCAAUGCCCACCCAGUGUUCCUCUUCUACCUCCUCUCCUCUGCAGGUGGAUUCUCCUGAGAGCAGCGAGAAUCUGGCCAAGAAGCUCAAACCAUCUCAGAAAGACGAGGAGGAAGAGGAGAAGGAGAGGAUAGAUGGAGCAGAGCAGAUAAAUGGAGGAGGAGAGACAUCAGUCCAGUCAGUGCCCUACGUCCUCAGCUCAGUGGUGAUGCAUUCCGGUAUAUCGUCCGAGAGUGGCCACUACUACUCUUAUGGUCGUAACAUUAACGGAGCAGAUGGAACGCAGCAUCCAGCCAACCACUUUGCCCUCAAGGAGGAUUUGGGGAACGGCCAGGCCGAGUGUAGCCUCUCCACUUGCUCAGCUCUCUCAAUUCCACCUGAACAAGGAGAGGCACUGCCUAAUAGUGGCCAGGAGGCAAGGGAUUGGCUGCUGUUCAAUGAUAGCAGAGUGACAUUCACAGCCUUCCAAUCGGUGCAAAACAUUACAAAUCGCUUUCCCAAGGACACAGCUUAUGUGCUCAUGUACAGAAAGCAGGAGCUACCGGGGCAGAACAUAAACGGGGGAAUGAUGGCGAACGGAAUGAGAUCGAGCGCUGAGCCUCCCCUGCAGAAAGAACUACUGGAUGCUAUAAUCAAGGACAACAAGCUGUAUUUACAGGAACAGGAGCUCAAUGCUCGGACCCAGGCUCUCCAGGCCCCUUCAUCCUCCUGCUCAUUCAGGCCCAACGGUUCAGAUGACAAUAACCCACCGGGGAGCUGCGGCCCAUCUGGUGGAGGUGGAGGGGGAGGGGGCUUCAAUACCAUUAGUAGACUGGUCUUCUGAAAGAAAGAACUGCUGCAGGAAACCCAGAUGAACUGGCACUGGAGAGUCCUGAACUGAACUCAUAUGUCAUACCAUAGAUGUGCAUAUAAACUCAUGAAAAGAGCACUGAAGUGAUCUAAAAACAUAAACAUACACACACACACACAGAGAGAUCAUCUGUGCUGAUUCUGAUCCCGAAUUUUGUUUUGUUCUGACUUAAAUAGUUUUUAAUACCACUGUUUCAGUCAUCAUUUAUUUGAUUUAUUUAGAUAUUUUUUUUUGUAAUUGUAAUCUUUCAUUAAUCCACCAAAUUUCAGAACUUGAGAUAGAUAAUAAUUAUUGGUGCAAAUGUAUCCUUUCCCUUAAAUUAAAUAAUAAUAAUAAACUUUUGCAUACAUAAAUAUGUGAAACUGGUUGAACAUGCUCAUGUGAUCUGGCUUGUCACAGUGUUUAUAACAUUACCUCACACACAUACACAUAUGCAAAUCCAUGCAUGUGCUGUGCACACAGUACAGAAGAAGGCAUUCAACUGUAAGAUAAACAAGACUUUUUUUUGUCAUAGUUCUGAACAUCCAGCUCACAACUUUUUGUUUACUUUUUCUGAUUUGCAUGCAGCUUUUCUUCCCGAGCUGUGGAGUUUGAUUUUCAUUGAUAUAUGAAUCUUUUUUUGGUGUGUGCUUUGCUGUGUUUUUACAGGUUUCAUAUCCCAUGCAAUAAAUGUACAUAUGACUUAAAAUAUCAUUCUGAAUAAUCAUGGAAUACAAAACUAUAUGUGGAAAACUAUAUUUGGGAAAUCUCCAAGAUAAAGGCAUUUUCAAUAUGAAUAUUUAAUGCUGUCCUCAAACUAAAAGGAAGUGUGAUUUACAGAGAACUCAAUUACAAACUGCUUGUUUAAACAUAAUUGACAGCAUAUUUUAAUGUAUUCCUCUGAGUUGAUCAUUCAGGGAGACGUUUGUGUUCAUGCUGAUUUUAUGUGCCUUUUGAUAUUUAAUGCAGAUUUUUGUAGAGGGAUUUGUCAGGAUACACAUCUCAGCUGUACUGUGUUAAUAUUCAUAAUGGCUUCACCUUUCCCUACAGUAAAAACAAAACAGUAUUUGUUGUAUUGUCUUACUUACCCAGGCAGGUUAUUUAAGGUAUUUAAAGUAGUAUGUUGGCAAAGAGGUGGGCAGAUGUUGGGGACUAAACUAUCAAUGUAAUGGCUAACACAUGACUAUACAAAUAUUAAAAGAUACGAAAUUAUUGAGAUGAAAGGCAAUUAAUAAAUACUCAAUUGAGCAAUGACGAGACGAAGCAGAAGAUGA